AUGUCCCGUAUCCGUAGAAUCGCGGAAUGGAUGGAAUCAGAUACUGAGUCUGAUGAUCUCCAUGGCUUGCGUAGUCGUCUCAUAAUUCGUUUGCAGAUGGAGGUAGGACGACACUACAUACGGCGCCGUCUACUAGCAGACGACAACUUCAAUAUCAAUACAAGUAUUAAUAAUUUCAAUAAUAUUCGUAAUAAUGGGCCGUUGGCGGCGGCGGCAUCCAAGGCCUCCAUAGACGCCAUGCCAAGAGUGACCGUCACGAGCCAAGGCGCCGAGUGCAGUAUCUGCUUGGAAGGCUUGGAGGUCGGCGCUGAAGCCAGAGAGAUGCCCUGCAAACACAG